AUGGACUCUGGUUUACAAUACGACGAAUCUCCGAUCGAUUUGACGGCAGAGUCUGAAUCAAGGUCAAAGAUUUCGGGUUUCGGGUCUCUGGAUGGAUCCGGGUCUGGAUCCGAAUCAACGGAGAGUUUGAGAGAUCAAGUGACUGGGUUUAUGAAGUCAUGGGGAGAAAUGCUAAUGGAUCUCGCAAUUGGAUGCAAAGACGUUGUGCAGCAGAAUGUGGUGAGUGAAGACUCGGUCGUUGUUCGUAAGCUUCGAAAACCAGCUGCUAAGGUUUCCAAGAAGCUAAGCUUCCUUAACGAGUUCUUGCCUGAAGAUCGUGAUCCUGUACAUGCUUGGCCUGUGAUUUUCUUCGUCUUCCUCCUAGCUCUCACAGCAUUGAGUUUUAGUUCUGAUCAUGAUAGAACCGUCCCCGUGUUGAAGAAAAUCCGUCUGCAUCCUCCUGGUGCAAGCCGUGUACAGCUUCCAGAUGGUAGAUAUUUAGCUUACCAGGAGCUUGGUGUUUCAGCUGACAGGGCUAGAUAUUAUCUGAUUGUGCCUCAUUCUUUUCUUUCGUCUCGGCUUGCAGGUAUACCUGGAGUGAAAGAAUCAUUGCUGGAGGAGUAUGGUGUCCGUUUAGUGUCAUAUGAUCUUCCAGGGUUUGGAGAAAGUGAUCCUCAUCGCGCUCGGAACCUUAGCUCAUCUGCCUCGGAUAUGAUUGACCUAGCUACUGCUCUCGGGAUUGUUGAGAAGUUCUGGUUACUCGGCUAUUCCACUGGUAGCAUGCAUGCCUGGGCUGCAAUGAGAUACUUUCCUGACAAAAUAGCUGGAGUUGCCAUGUUAGCUCCUAUGAUCAAUCCAUAUGAGCCAAGCAUGAACAAGGAAGAGAUGGCGAAAACGUGGGAGCACUGGCUACGAAAGAGGAAAUUCAUGUACUGUUUAGCACGCCGCUGGCCAAGACUUCUUCCUUUUUUCUACCGUAGGUCCUUUCUCUCUGGUAAUCUCGAGCCGCUGGAUCAGUGGAUGUCAAUAUCAUUAGGAGAAAAGGACAAACUAGUAAUGACAGAUCAAGUUUUUGAAGAUCUUCACCAAAGGAACGUGGAGGAGUCCAUACGCCAAGGAACGGCAAAACCAUUUGUCGAAGAAGCCAUGUUACAAGUAUCAAACUGGGGAUUUAGUCUUCCCGAGUUUCGCAUGCAGAAGAAGUGCAAAACCAAUGGUGUCCUCUCUUGGCUAAUGUCAAUGUACAGUGAAUCAGAAUGCCAACUUAUCGGGUUUCAAAAACCCAUACACAUAUGGCAGAGUAUGGACGACCGAGUCGCACCACCUUCAGUGACCGAUUACAUUAGCCGGGUCAUACCAGAAGUAACGGUUCAUAGACUCCCAAAUGAAGGCCACUUCUCUUACUUCUUUCUCUGUGAUGAGUGCCACAAGCAGAUCUUCUCAGCCAUAUUUGGAGAACCGAGGGGACCGAUAAUGCUAUCGGAACCAAGAAUGGAAACCCAUAAACCGGAGAUGGGGUUAUCCGAUACUAGCACUACCAAUGAGUAA